AUGAUUGAUUCUCAUCAUUUUUAUUUUGCCUUUGAAAAUUCUGUUUGUGUUAAUUAUGUAACAGAAAAAUUUUGGAGACUUAAAAGCUUAAUUGUGCCUGUAGUUUUAUCAAGAAAAAUAUUUGAAGGAUUAAAUAUCCCAAAUGAUUCAUUUAUUGCAGCAGAUGAUUUUAAAAGUCCAAAAGAUUUGGCAUCUUUUUUAGAAAAAUUAGCAGCAGAUAAAGAACGAUAUAAAAGUUAUUUUCGUUGGACAAAAAAAUAUAAAAAAACAAAGAAUACAAACAAUAUUUCCAAUCCUCUUUGUAAUCUUUGUAAAAUGGCACAUAUAGACAAUAAUGAAUUAAAAAUAAAAAAUAUUUAUGAUUUUUGGAAUGGAGGGGGGAAAUGCCAACAUGGAUUUGCUUUAAAUGUUUUGCUCGCUAGCGAACCUGAAGCUUCCGGCGGGAACGUGGGUCUCAUCAUUGGGGGUGUCAUUGCCGUUGUAGUCCUGCUUGCUCUUGUUAGUGCCAUUGUCUGGUUCUUCGUGCUCCGCAAAAAAGGUGAAGAAGAAAAGGGAAUGGAAAUAGGAAUGACCGCUGCUAGAGGUAUGAAGACGAACAAAGUUGGAGCGACUCAAGCAACGAUAGGCGAAAUGACUACUAUUGGAGGAAUGCAAGCCAAAACAGGUGGAGCGACACCUGCUGGAGGAGCUACAUCGAAAGCUUCUGGAACAACAAAGGGAGGAGCGACAUCGAAGCCUGGAGGGGCAACGUCAAAGAAGCAUAAGAAUGUAAGAUAA